CAACGAUGCGCCAUCACCUCUGCAAUCAGCUCAGCUGAGGGCGUGUUUGAAGGGGAUAAAUACAGCUCUCACUGAGCUGCAGAGCGACCUUGCUUUGCUCCAUAGUGUCGUCGCGUAGCUGCAGGCUCAAAUGUCGCGUCUCCAAUCACUCAAACACGAUUAUGAGACAGCACUGUCUCCACUACGUCGCAUUCCCUCGAAGAUCACGAUGGAGAUUCUACGCCGCUCGUGGAAGUAUAAUGAAUUCGGGGGUAUACCCAGGGGAAGGCGGCUUCCUGGGUUCAACGUCUUCACAAUCCGAGAAGGGCCUUGGCACCUUGGCCAAGUGUGCAGCUCGUGGCGAAAUGUUAUUGAGACACUUUGUCCGGAGCUAUGGGCGACCAUGACAGUAGAGAUUCCGUUCUCGAUGUUUCUGAAAACGGAUGCGGUGGAAAUACUCAAUGUCGUCCUUGAUCGCUCCCGUAAUUACCCCCUCGAUUUUCAUUUCGAGUACUACGGCACUAGGGUGGAAAGAAGAGCAGCCCAAGCGACGGAGAGAUGUUUUCAUAUCAUGGUCGCUCAUUCAAAACGAUGGCGAGCCGUUGAAAUGACGAUCCCUCCAGGGACAUGUACCUCGAUUGUUUUCGCGGCUCACCGUCCGGAGACAUCCGUGCCUUUGAGAUUGCCCCCGAACUCGAAAAACUGUACCUCAAAGGUAUGCACCCAGAAGCCAGCGUCCCUUUCCCGACCAACAAUCUUGUGUCUUUCUCCGAUGAAAGGCCAUUUGCUGGAGAUCGGCAGACCCCCAAAUAUCUUGACAUCAUUAAAUCGGCUCCAAAGCUUCAUUCAUUUUCGUAUAACGACUACGGUGUUAGCCUGAUAUCCACACCGCUCAAUAUCCCUGGCAGCAUCAUGUCCGUAUCGAUCGAAGAGCUUUCGGCAUCUUCGCCAAGCUUUAUG